AUGGGGCGAGCUAGAGAGCAGGUACUUCCAUUGGCAGAAAAAGCAGCAUAUGUUCAUGAUGAUCGUCGUCGUCUAAACAAUGAGGAAGUUGGUCAACAUGCACGUGCCCUCGUUCCACAGUUGCCAGCAGUGUUUCAGAAUUUAUCAAAAGGAAAAAGUAGAAUAGCAAACAACAGUGAGAAUGUGUCAGAUAAUGAUGAUGUCCAUGGACAAUUGGUCGAACAAGGUUCGGGACUGGUUGAAGAAGUAAGAGUGUUGAAACAACAAUUGGCAGAGAUGUCCCAAGCUUGGGUGAAUGGACAGGCACCGCCCUCACUACCCAUAGGGCCUUCUGAUAAUCUUCAUAAUGUGCCAGUUGCAAAUCAAGUGCCUAUCUCCAUAACAAGUAACCCAUUGUACCAACCUGGUUUCAGUCUGAGCAUUAACCUUUCCACUAUCCCCAGUACCUCCAUUCCACGUCUUCCAACCGCAUCCCUCAGAAAUGACCCACAUACUGUACCCAUUGUCCCUACUUUCACCGUUCCUCAACCGGCUCUCGCUCAAAAGAUCAACAAUGAUCCAAAACUGAAUGCUCAUGAUGCCCAACAUUACUCUCCAGAACUGACUUUCAAGGUUCCAGAUUCAUACAAGCAUACUCCUCAAAACGUAUUCCCAAUUGAGAUCGAAAAGCCCGAAAAGAAUAUGGAACAAGAGGAAAUGACCAGAAAAAUGAAGAGCUUGGAACAAACCAUGAGAAACAUACAGGGUUUGGGAGGCCACAAGAUUGUUUCUUUUAACGAUCUAUGUAUGUUUCCCCAUGUUCAUUUGCCACCCGGUUUUAAGACCCCCAAGUUUGACAAGUAUGAUGGUCACGAUGAUCCUGUGGCCCACUUGAAGAGAUAUUGUAACCAAUUGAGGGGAGCAGGACGCAAAGAAGAAUUACUCAUGGCUUAUUUUGGGGAAAGUUUGACAGGAAUUGCUUCAGAGUGGUUCAUAGAUCAAGACAUCUCUCACUGGCACGUUUGGAACAACAUGGCUCAAGAUUUUGUCCAACAAUUUCAAUAUAAUAUUGAUAUAGUGCCAGACCGCUCCUCUCUCGUCAACAUAAAGAAGAAACCAACAGAAAGCUUCAGAGAAUAUGCAAUCAAGUGGAGAGAGCAGGCUGCUAGGGUCAAACCACCAAUGAAAGAGGCAGAAAUGAUUGACUACUUUCUCCAAGCUCAGGAUCCUGAUUACCUCCAUUACAUGUUGGCAGCCAUUGGUAAACCCUUCGCUGAGGCGAUUAAGAUUGGUGAGAUAUUUGAGAAUGGCAUGAAGUCAGGCAAAAUUGUGAGUCAGGCAGCCCUUAAGCCGACCACGCAAGCAAUUCAAAACGAGUCAGGCAGUUUCGGAAAUCGGAAAAAGAAGGAGGAAGGAUCCAUGAUGGCAUCUGGAUUCGGGAGAGUUCAAAGAGGAAUAGUUCCUUCUUAUGUGCAAGUCAAACAAGGACAAUCCAAUUCUUCUCAACACUAUUAUCCGCCUCAGGGUCCCCGGUACUCAGUUCCCUCGCAACAAUACACAGUGUUUAAUGCUCAGGCUUAUGCUAGGCCUCCCAAUCACCAACAAUGGCAGGCACCGAUUCCACAAGGCUCCCGUCAACUCCGGCCAAAUUUUCAGGCGCCAUAUAAUCCUCGUCCCAGACAGGAAUAUGUGAGAGAACAGGAGUCAAAGAAAGAGUUCACUCCAAUUGGAGAAUCGUAUACAAGCCUAUUUCGAAAGUUGAUGCAGUUGAAGUUGAUUGAACCUAUCAUGCCGCGUUAUGUGAAUCCAAAUUCAAAAGGUUUUGACUCAAAUGCAAGAUGUGAGUAUCACUCUAACACCCAAGGUCAUAGUACCGAAAAUUGUUGGACAUUAAAGAAAGCCAUUGAAAAUUUUAUUGAAGCAAAGGCAAUUGUGGUGACAAACAAUGAAGAUACUCCUAAUAUCACAAACAAUCCGCUCCCAGCUCAUGAUAAUACACAUUUUAUUGGGAUGAUUUGUGCUGAUCGGGAUUAUAAGCAGUCUGGCAAGACAGAGAUGGUUGUCGGAACCAUAGGGCAAGAGCCAAAAGUGAUUGUAAACCCGCCGCAACUGGCACCGUUAAUUGUGAAAGGUGCGAGUUCUAGUUCAAACUUGGCAGGUUCUGAAAAAACGGUUCUCUAUGUCCCUGGAAGCACAAAAAAGGUUGAGGUUCAAUUGGGUAGGCCAAAACUUUACAUCCCUGGGGGCAUUCAAAAGAUUGUUCUAAAUAAUGGUUUGAGAAAUAUAACAGAGCCAGUUGUGAUCCGACCUUUUGCACAACUCCCAGUGUCAAACACAAAAGCUAUUCCCUGGAAUUAUAACAAGACUGUCAUGACAUACAAAGGAAAAGAGAUAGUGGAAGAAACAGAUGAAAUGGGGGGCUUGACCCUCUCUGGAAGGUGCUACUCACCAGAGGAAUUGAGAAAAGCUAAGCAAGCCAAGGAAAAUCACUUUCCAGUGAAAGANCAAGAGCCAAAAGUGAUACACAAAAAGGUUGAGGUUCAAUUGGGUGGGCCAAAACUUUACAUCCCUGGGGGCAUUCAAAAGAUUGUUCCGAAUAAUGGUUUGAGAAAUAUAACAGAGUCAGUUGUGAUCCGACCUGUUGCACUAUUCCCAGUGACAAACACAAAAGCUAUUCCCUGGAAUUAUAAGAAGACUGUCAUGACAUAUAAAGGAAAAGAGAUAGUUGAAGAAGUAGAUGAAAUGGGGGGCUUGACACGCUCUGGAAGGAAAACCCCUGCUCAGAUAUCUUUGUUAUCUCUGCUUUUGCACUCGGUAGAGCAUCGUCGUGUGUUGAUCAAAACUUUGAACGAGGCAUAUGUCUCAGAAAAGACAACGGUGAAUCAGCUAGAAAAAAUGGCUGAAAGAUUCUUUGAGGGGAAUGAAAUUUCUUUCAGCGAUGGUGAUUUGCCUGAGGAAGGAUCUGGGCACAAUAAAGCUUUGCAUCUUAUGGUCAAAUGUGAAGGGCAUUACGUAAAAGGAGUCAUGAUUGACGGAGGCUCAAGUGUAGAUGUAUGUCCUCUUUCUAUUCUACAACAAUUAAACAUUGACACUAACAGAAUUCGAACUAGUAGUGUCAGCAUCAGAGCUUUUGAUGGUUCAAGAAGAGAUACUAUUGGGGAAAUCGAACUCACCAUGUCAAUUGGCCCGGUUGAUUUUAACGUUGUCUUUCAAGUGUUGGAUAUGAAAACUUCCUAUAAUUUUCUUCUGGGAAGGCCCUGGAUCCAUAUGGCCAGAGCUAUACCAUCCACCCUACAUCAAAUGGUCAAAUUCGAGUAUGACAGGCAAGAAAUUAUUGUUCAUGGGGAGGACGACUCAUCCGUCUACAAUGACCCGUCCAUUCCAUGUAUCGAGGCCAAGGAAGGAUGUGAAUCCCUCAUAUAUCAAACAUUUGAGGUGAUUGAGGUAGACCAAGUGGAAGAAGGAAAACCAAUUCUGCAUCCCCAUCUUUCAGCCACAUCUAUGAUGAAAGAUACCUUUGGCUUGGGUUUUAAACCAACAUCAGUUGACAUAAAUAGAGCCAAGGCCCGCAAAAAGAAUGGUUGGAAAUUGUCAAAACCAAUCCCUCACAUUGCCUACUCUUUUGUCCAGCAACAAUUUGAAGAAGUCCAAAAUCUUUCUACUCAGGAUGACAUUGAUGAAGUUUGCCAGGGUCUCAAGGAGAUGUUCUAUGGGAUCAAUAUGGUUCAAGUUGGUGAGGGCCCUAGCCGUGCCAGUGUUCAGCUGAUUGGUCCAGAUACCUCGCUCAACAACUGGGAAGCAACUCCUCUUCCCAUCAGGAAGGAGUCUUGUUUCGUUAAUGCUGGCUUUAAAAACAUGACAUGCACGCGGAAUUCAUGCCUAGAUCUUAAAAAGUUGUCUAAUCUCGAAAUAAUGAAUCAAGAAGUUGAGUAUGAUGAAGACGAGGCCUUUAAGGAUAUAAAAAGAGAAUUGGAUAAAUUUGAGAAUAAGCCUAAGCCUAACUUAAAUGAAACUGAGGCAAUUAACCUAGGAAGUCCUGAAGAAAUUAGAGAAACAAAAAUAAGCAUUCAUACUGAACAAAAGACGAGAGAUGCCAUAAUUCAAGUUUUGUUCGAGUAUAGAGAUGUAUUUGCUUGGUCGUAUGAUGACAUGCCGGGUUGGGUGCUGAUUUAG